UAGAACACGCCACACCUACCUUUUUUCUCUCUAGGGGAGAGAUAUCUGGAAGUAAUAAGCUUCCUGACUAUGGCAGACUUUGAGGCCGGAACAAGUAGUGAUGCUGCAAAAGUAUUAAGAGAUGCUGGAGUCCGCGUAUUCAGAGACGAAGAUGAGCUCCAUGUCGGUGAAGUGAUUGCUGGGAACCUUUUAUGUGCUAUCAAUAACUCCAUGCUCUACAUACCUAUCUUCUCUCAAACUUAUGCUUCCAGUAAAUGGUGCCUUCGUGAGCUUGUGCACAUCGUAGACAACGUGUCUAAGUCUGAGGGGAAAAAAUGUAUCCUUCCCAUAUUUCUCGACGUAGAACCAGAGGAUGUUAAACUUAAGACUCCACAAUAUAGAGAUGCUUUAUUGGAACACGCAAUCAAGUUUCCUGAUGAAGUCAAGGCUUGGAGAAAGACUCUUGCAAAGGUGGAUGAAAUCAAGGGAUGGAACGUAAAAAAGGACCAGAGUCAAGCAUCGAUUGUCAAAUUGGUUAUUGAAAGGGUUUUGGAGAAGCUAAAGACAAAACAAAAAUCAGUGACUGAAUAUUUAGUUGGACUUGAUGAUCGGGUCAAAGACUUGACAGAAUUAGUAGAUCUCGACGAUCAUGUUGUGCGGCUCAUUGGAAUUUAUGGCAUGGGUGGUAUCGGUAAAACAACUGUUGCCAAGGUUAUCUUCAAUCAACUAUCUUCCCACUUUGGAAAGUGUUGUAGCUUCCUUGAGGACGUUCAAGAAAGUGUGUCAACCAAGGAGGGCUCAAUCCGGUUGCAAAAGAAAUUACUAUCUGACAUUGUUGGUUCUGGAUUUGCAGAAAAACUCGAGGAUAGUGAACAAGGAAUGAUGAGGAUUGGAGAAACACUUCGCACCAAGAAGGCCCUUGUGGUUUUGGAUGAUGUUGAUAAUAAAGAACACAUUAAGAAACUAAUAGGAAAUUAUUCAUUACAUUCAGGAUCUAGGCUAAUCAUUACAACGAGAAACACGACCAUUUUGCAAAUUGAGGGAUUUCAUGGUAAAAUUCUACCGUAUGAGAUGCUAAAGAUGGAUUAUGGUCUUGCACUUCAGCUUUUUUGUCAGCACGCCUUCGGUAGAGACUUUCCUUUAGAUGAUUAUCAUGGGCUUUCGAGUGAAAUUGUCUCAAGUAUGGGAGGACUACCUUUAGCUAUCGAAGUGGUAGGUUCAUUACUUAAUCGGAAAACCAUAGCAUUUUGGGAAGAGACAUUGGUCAGGUUAAGGAAUGUACCUGAGGAAGAGAUUCUAAAGAAGUUGAGGAUUAGCUAUGAUGACCUGGACGAAUAUCAACAACAAAUUUUUCUCGAUAUCGCAUGCUUCUUUUUCAAUGAGAAUAAGACUAAUCCAAUUUACAUGUGGGUAGGUUGUCAAUUUUACCCCCAAAGAGGAAUUGAUAUCCUUACCAAUAGGUGCUUGAUAAAGAUAUUAGACAAUGAUAAUUUUUGGAUGCAUGAUCUACUAAUAGACUUGGGAAGGCAAAUUGUCCGUCAAGAAAGUCCAAGUGAUCUUGGAAAGCAGAGUAGGUUGUGGAUUGCAAAAGAGGCCAUCGAAAUCAUAAAAACCGAAGAGAGGAAGGAAAAGGUUCAAGCACUUGAGGUUGAUGGACUGGAUAACUCCAUAGAGAUUACAAAUAAAGAGUUUGAAAGGUUACCAAAUCUAAGAUUUCUCAAGUUACGCAAUGGAACUUAUGUUGGGGACUUUGCAAAGUGUCAUUCAAAGUUGAGAUGGAUUUCUUGGCAUUCUCCUCAUCAGGAUUUUAGGGCAGACAAUAUGUAUUUGGAUCAUCUUACGAUUUUUAAACUUGACAAGAGCAGCUUCCCGAAUAAUUCAAAGGCAUGGGACUUGAUUAAGAGGGCACAAAGUUUGAAAGUUCUAUCUCUUACCGGGUGUGAUGGCAUAACGACAAUCCCGGACUUCUCAAAAUGCUUGGGUUUAGAGAGGUUGACUCUUGCACACUGCAACUGGCUAAACAAAAUUGAAAACUUCAUUGGAAGUCUAAAGUCAUUGAUUGAGUUAGAGAUUGAGUGGUGCAUGGAUCUUACAGAUUUACCUAAAGAAGUGGGGGCACUAGUAAAGCUUAAGCGCUUCUCAUUGCAAGGAUGUUCUGGGUUGAGAGAACUUCCAGGCUCAUUCGGGAGUUUAAUCUCUUUGAGAGAGUUAAACUUAUCACAUACAUGCAUUGCCGAACUUCCAAACUCCAUCCAAGGAUUAGUGGAACUUGAGUCUUUUCUUCUAACACAGACAAGGAUUAAGAAACUACCAGACUCCAUUGGAGAGUUAAAAUCAUUACGCAUAUUGCGUUAUUCAAAAAAAGGAUCAUAUUGUUCGAAGCAUCAUAUUUGGCAGUUACCUGGUGGCAUCAACAUGUUGGAAAAUCUUGAAGAACUAGAUCUCUCUGGGAAUUUUAGACUGGAAGGUAAAAUUCCUGCUGGAAUUGAAGAAUUGUCAUCUAUAAAAAUCAUAAAUUUAAUGGACACCAAUAUCAGUGGAAUUCCAAGGACAAUCAAUAUGCUUGAUCACCUACAAACACUAAACCUAAGAGGUUGUCAUAUGAUUCAAGGGUUGCCUGAGCUUCCCACAAGUUUGACUAGUCUAUUUCUUGAAUCUAAAUCAUUGCUUUCAAUUCCCAAUCUGUCGGUCCUUACUAAUUUGGUUGAACUGCUACUAAGUGAUGGCUCUAGUAGUAUGGGGAAAUCAAGUCUAAUCACAGGAUGCAACUUAAGGUGGAUUGGGAGGUUAUCUAAACUGGAAAAGUUAGAUUUACAUUUGCUUAAUGUCCCUGCACCUUCAGAGUUGGCUUCUCUUUCUCAACUAGAGGAGCUUACUUUGUCUUUCCUAGACUUAGAAACUCUUGUGCAGCUUCCGUCCUCUCUCUUGAGAUUGAAUUUACCAUUCCUCACCAUAAGGUGGGCAAAGUUACUUCCCUCCUACUUGAGAUUGAGAAAUUUGUCCACUUUAGAAUUCUAUCAUGGUGAAGUGGAAGACAUUCCACUCAAUGGACUUCCACAUCUAGAGAAAUUAACUGUUGACAGUUGUAAAUUGCUUCAAAGAUUAUCCAUUCCAUUGGAAUUAAAGAAGCUAAGGCAAGUGUAUGUGUCAAAUUGUCCAGAGCUAGUUGAGAUAGAAGUUGUGGGUCAAUCAAAAUCAUUGGAAUCUUUAUGUGUUAUUGGGUGCGAAUCUCUUAGAAGAAUAUUUGGGUUAUCAUAUUUGAGGAACCUAGAGGAAUUGGUAGUCCAACGGUGCCAUUUACUUAUCAAUGUUGAGGACCUUCACAAUCUAGAGUCUCUGAAAUCCUUGGAUGUACAGGAGUGCACAUCAUUGAGAAGAUUGAUUGAUGCAUCUUACACAAAUAUACCGGAUGAUUGCCUCGUCCAUAUAGAGCGGUGUGGAGACGUUAUCAAAGUUUCUACUCGGAGCAACCCAUUCGGAAUCUCUUGGAAGCAUUAUAGAGAGGAGAUUCUUCAAGAUACAUCAAACAAGAUGGAACAUAAUUUCACAAUCAGAUUCCAUCUCGGGGUAAAGAAGUCUAGUGAGGGGUUUGAGUUUGUUGGUGGAGUAAAGAGGAAAAUCGAAGAUGUCAACCCUGCUUUAGUGACAUAUAAAGGAUUGAUUGCUGAUGUGAAAGGUUUUGCCUUUCGUUUGGAGAGAAUGUGGUACGAAACUCUUGGUGAAGACCGCAAGAUGCUCAUAGAGAUCAUGAAUGAUGAACAAGUGAAUGAAAUGUUACCACUAGCAUCUCAAAGAGGAUUGAUCGAUUUGUACGUUGAGGGAGAGGUUGACAGUGAGAGGGAGGGAGAAUACGAGGACGAGAUGGUGGAGACAUUAAGAGAGGAAUCGAGAAUGAAGACUGAUGAGUAUUCCGAUGAGGAUGGAGCUGAGGGUGACUUUUCAAGUGCUGACGAAGAGUCGGAAUCUGCAUCUGUGGAUGAAAGCGAAAUUGAAGGCACCUCUAUCAGGAAAGACGCCGAAAAUAUUGGGAAAAUCCUUGAAAAAAUGGCCGAAUCAUGCAGUGAUAAAAUCAGAACAUUAAGUGGCCCGAAUAUUAUGAAAAUGAGAGACAUAUUUAUGCGCAGAUUAAAGAAAAAUUAACAGAUAAACAAUCUCUGGCAUUGAUCUUAAGAUUAUGGUUAUUUGAUGGACGUACCAAAAUAAAGGAUGAAGAUAUAGAUAAAACCGGUCCCCUCCCUUUUCAAUGAUACACUGAAACUACAUCUAAGUUGUGAGAUUAAGAAAAGGGAUUAGAGAGAGAAAUUGGUUUUCUUCGAGAUUCAAUAAUGGGGUCAUCCUCUAAGCAUUCAGUCAGAGUCAGGCAGUGGUGAAUGUUUUGAGGCCACGGGGAAUAGAAGGCAGAUGAGGGAUGGAAGGAUUGAGCACUAUGGCAGUGUUGAUGGAGGGAAAACGAAGAGCUUGAAAAAUAGGAAGAAGGACAACGACGAGAUGGGAACCUGCCAAUCAAAAUGAAUUUGUCCGUCGUGUUGCCAAAGGUGCGAAGGAGUUGAACAUCAUGAGAGAUCCUGCAAAGCUAGAACUGAAGUUGAUCAAAAAGACCUUUCUUCUGUAAGGACUGAAGAAUUGCCUUUCUUUAUAUGCAGUUUAAAACUUAUGUCGAA